AUGGGUGAAGAGGCGCCGUUCGACACUCGCCUGGCCCUUGCCGUCGGGGGAGAUGUAGACGCUUUCGUUGCUAGAAAGAGGAAGCAACCCGCCGAGUUCCAUAUCCUGUUACCUUCCCACGCGGAGGAGGAGCCAGGAAGAUCAUGGCGGGAAGAUCAAGGGCCGGGAAGGCUGACGCUUAGGAGCGACGCUGCUGCCAAAACUACCGACGCCGACGGCACUGGAACAAGGAAGAAACUGCGCCUCACCAAGGAGCAGUGGGACUUUCUCGAUAACCGUUACAGGGAAAACAGCGCCCUCACUCCGGCAUGGAAAACCCUUACAAAACUCUUCAACCUCGAAUCAUUAAAAAUGACUUAAACGUAAGUCCAGCUUAUUAAUGAUGGUUGAUUUUGCAGAUGCAAAAACCAGAACUCGCGGACCUGCUAAACCUUCGUCCCCGGCAGGUUGAAGUCUGGUUCCAGAACAGAAGGGCAAGGUUAGAUAUAUUUAACGAACUUUGAUCAUGUAUCCGCACUGAAAUGCAUCAGAUGAACUGACAAUACUAACCUAAUUUUCGAAUAAUCUCAUAUAAUUUGGGAAAUUAAACCGAUGAUUACAUACGAUAGUAUUCCGGCUCAUUGGCAAUCGCCUUUGGGUUGGACAGUCUGAUCAAGUUACAUGUUCCGAAGAUAUCUACACUGAUGUGGAGUGUGAGAAUGUUACUACAUUAUUUAGAUGGAAAAUAACUUUUUUUUAUUAAAAGAUAUCAUUAAACUCAAUGUCGAACGUCUUCGAAUUGGACAAUAUGCUUAUUCAUGGUGAUCUUUUAUUUUACCGCACGGCGAGGAGGGGUGAGCACACAUAACCCGCGAAUUGUAGAGGAAUUAGGUGAGCUUGAGUUAUUGCUGCGGAUGCAGGACGAAGCUGAAGCAGAAAGAGCUCGACUGCGAAUUCUUGAAGAAGUGUUGCGAGAGCUUAACUGAAGAGAACCGGCAGCUCAAGGAGGAGCUGCAGGAGUUGAGGUCGGUCAAACAGUCGCCAACGGUUGUCGUGCGACUCCCCAAGACAACGACAUUGACUAUUUCGCCCUCACAUGAAAGACUAUCCGCUGGUGACGACAAGAUCGCCUCCCCUGGCUUCGAUGGCAAGACGGAGGAGAGGUCCAGACCUGUGAAAGCUUCAUGCCUGGAGAGAUAA